AUGGGGCAAAGGUUGUCACAAGAUACAGAUUCAGAGUCGACAAUUGAAGAACCAAAUCAUGCACAACCACAGAUAAAGAACACUGAUCAUGCCAAAGAAAUUCAAACGGUGUCACUGCCUCAUAAUUGUGACAACAUUUUGAAAGAUGCCGAUACACCUGUAGAUAAAUCCUUGACAAAUAACCUAUAUGAUCAACUUCGUGCUGGUGUAUUCUUGAACCAAAAGAGGAAGAAGUACUGGGUUGAAAGGGAGUCAAAUAUCAACUGCUUCAUGUUGUUUGCACAAGACCUCUUAAUUACCUGGUCAGACGACAAACGGUACUGGCAUUGGUCCAUGCUAAAAGAAUCAAGUGAUGAAUGCUUUGCUGUUGCUGAACUGCUAAACGUUUGCUGGCUAGAUGUUCAUGGAAAAUUCGAUACAGCUAACCUUUCACCGGGAAUAAUGUAUGAAGUCGUAUUUGUCGUGAUGCUGAAAGAUCCUGCAUAUGGCUGGGAAGUUCCUGUGAAUGUUAGACUCACUCUACCUGAUGGAAGCACACAACAACAAAAAGUAAAAUUGAUGGAAAAGCCAAGAGGACAGUGGAUAGAAAUCCCAGCAGGAGAACUGAAAACAUCAUCUCAUCAGAACGUAGGAGAAAUGGAAAUUUCACUGUAUGAGUACGAGGGUGGCAAAUGGAAGAGAGGGCUAAUGGUAAAAGGUGUUGUCAUCCGGCCAAAACCCUGA